AUGAAGAGCUUCGCUACCCUCUUCGCUCUGGUCCUCUCCAUCCUUCAGAUCUGCUGCACCGUGACUGCUGGUACCGGAACAUCGUAUCCGACUGGCACUGGCACAGCCGUGAGCUCGUAUCCUACAGCCACUGGGCUUCUUCGCAGAUACAAUGAGCCUCUUAAUCCUCUACUCAAACGUCAUUAUCCAAUAGCCCCCAGAGCAAUAAGCUAUCCUACAGCAACUGGUACCGUUACAAGCUCAUAUCCUACUGCGACAGGGCUCUCAAAAAGAUUCAAUGGGCCUCUUGAUCCCCUCAUCAAGCGUCACUAUCCAUUAGAACCCAGAGGAACAAGCUACCCGACAGGUACUGGGACUGCGUAUCCUACAGCCACCGGGAUAUACAAGAGAGGCCUCAACGCUCUCCUCAAACGUACCGGGACUGUCUAUCCUACAGGAACCGGGACCGCGGUCAGCUCCUAUCCCACCGGUACUGGGAUCUAUCGCAGAAACAACAGACCACUUCUCAAAGGAAGAAGCUUUCCGACCGGCACCGGCACCGGCACCGGCACUGCUUCAUACCCGACAGCAACCGGAGUCUAUCGCAGAUACAACAUGCCUAUGCUCAGAGCCCGUCAGUAG